AUGACAGCGGCAAGAAAAGUGGAGGUCGCCUCGACCAGCUCGAUCUUGCUUUGGGCUCUUAUCUUGUCUCACAUGAAUCUAUCUGAAUUGUGGUGUAUCGACCGUGAGACAACGCUUCGCCGGCUCCGGGCUCCGGGCAUCACGGCCACCCGCAUCGUAUUGGCCUUGUGUAUGUACGUGCAACAUCGAGUCAGCACCGAACCCUCAGAGAUGGAUGGCAUCGAGAUAAUAUCAAGUGGGUUGGAUGGUCCAUCUCUCACCAAGAUCCCCGUCGUAGCAAAAGUCCCCUCUGCUGGGAACAAUCGCACCAUCGACAAGUGCGGCAUGAUUCUGCUUGGCAGACGUCUAUCAAGUAUCUCAUCGAGAAACAAACAGAAGUUUGGUGAUACAAUUGGUCGCGACCUAAUUUCCACGUGCUGCCAAUCUACGGUUCGCGAGGAUCCGCUUGGAUCCCGUCAACCAUCCGAUAAGAAGACCUCCGUUAUACAAGCAUCAGGUGACGACCUGGUCCCUACAUGGCACCGCCCGAUAAAGCUCACCCUAGGCUAUGCUUCUUUUUCCCGCCGCAGACUUAACCGCACGACCCCCGUUAACCCGCACCAUCUCUUACUUGAGAGAAAAGGAAACGUUGGUUGGCUACACAAAGAAGGCGAAUCAGAGCCACAAGGACCCCUGGGGAUCGCCUCUCCAAGUCUUAUGGGUAAAAGGUCAUUGAAGCCAUUCUCCGGCCGGGAUUGGUUCCCUCCCCCAUGUCCCAGAGACCCGCCAGCGUUCAUUAGGCUGUUCUGCUGCGAGAUCAAGGGGAGAAGGGGGAAUAAAGGCCGUACGAUCAUCAACAAUGCCCCAUCUCCCGCAGCUGCUACCUCGCCCGAUCCGCAAAGCCACUGCCGUGUCGAGGAGGUGCAGAAGAUGUUCCUGGACGGAAGAGGGGGAUCGACAUCCCAACACCCCAUGUCCGCAGCGCCCAACACGACAUUCUCACCAGCCCUGUUGGUCCGGUCUAGUACACCAGCAGUUUUCCCGCCCCUGGGCCCCGACGGUGAACUUGCGUCUCGACUUGAGGCUCUCUGCGGCCUCCUGGGGGCCCACGAUGCGUCUCUUCCAACGAGAGCGUCGGGUCAUGGAUGCGGCUCGCUUGAAGGGCCUGGAUUCGAGCUGUCAUCGACUGCGGAUCUGCCCACCUGCCCGACUUGGAAGGGUGAAUGGCCACUCGAUGCGUGCGCUGGAUCAUGGUCCAUGGGAUCAUGCAGAUGGACGAAGGAUGGUAUAAGACCGGUCGGUCUGCUGCACCUUGGAUAUCGUACACCAUCCACUCGCUCACUAUACAACUCACUCGCUCAUCUCAACGCCUCACUGAUACCCAAACCCAACGUCACGAUGCACGCCGCAACAAUCCUCGCGCUCCUCCCCCUCGCCGCCGUCGCGGCUCCCUCACGCCGCGCUCAGCCCGCACCCCUCAUCAAGCCGCGGGGCGCAACUCUCGUGGCGGACAAGUACAUCGUCCGCCUCAAGAAUGAGGCCAAGACCGGCGCUCUUCAAAGCGUCAUGAAGACCUUCUCCGCUGACGCCGACCACGUCUACAACUUUGCCGGUAGCGAGAGUGGCAGCAUCCCCUACCUCCGCGGAUUCGCGUCUACGCUGAACGCGACCGAACUCGAGAGCCUCCAGAAUGACCCGGACGUCGACUUUAUCGAGCAGGACGCCAUCGUGACGAUCAAGGCUACGCAGAGGAGCGCGCCAUGGGGUCUUGCCAGAUUGUCCAGCACAGCGCCGGGUUCGACUACGUAUAGCUACGAUGAGAGCGCCGGAGAGGGCACCUGUGCUUACAUUGUCGAUACCGGCAUUGAUAUCGAGCACCCAGACUUUGAAGGCCGCGCCACCUUCCUCGCAAACUUCGCCGACAGCUCAGACACGGACGGCCAGGGCCACGGCACCCACGUCGCCGGCACACUCUUCGCCGUGAAGGUCCUCGACUCUAACGGCGAGGGCACCAACUCGGGCGUCAUCGCCGGUAUGGACUUUGUCGCGACCGACGCCGCCGGCCAGACGGGCUGCGCCAAGGGCGUCGUCGUCAACAUGUCGCUCGGCGGGCAGACCUCAACAGCCGUGAACCAGGCCGCUGCGGCGAUUGUGAAGGCGGGCCACUUCUUGGCUGUCGCUGCGGGUAACGAGGCGGCGGACGCGUCUACAUCUUCGCCCGCGAGCGAGGAGAGCGUGUGUACUGUCGGGGCGACGACCAAGACUGACGCCUUGGCGGAGUACUCCAACUUUGGAGCUUCUGUCGAUAUCUUGGCGCCUGGCACCAACAUUAUGAGCACCUGGCCCGGUGGAAAGACUAACACAAUCUCCGGUACGUCCAUGGCGAGCCCCCACAUCGCCGGUCUCGCAGCCUACCUUCUCGGUCUCGGCUCGGCGCCUUCGGAUCCCGUCCAGCUGUGCAGCUACAUCGCCGAGACGGCGCUUGACGGUGCCAUCAGCCAAGUGCCUCGCCAGACUGUCAACAAGCUCGCCAACAACGGCUUUGCUGGAAACGGCACCGCCAAGGCCACGGACGGUUCCGUGGUUGGCAGACAGCUGAACAGGAAGUUCGCCCCUCGUGCUUAG